AUGUCGUGCGGAUGGCAUAAUCAGUUCGGUCUGAAGAUUUUCCCCAGUACACUGAAACAGUAUUUCGAAGACAAAGGAAGAUAUAUUGCUUGUUUCUGUGGACUCCAAAAUAUUCACCCUCCACCAGCUGCACGAUUUGUCACUGGAAAUCAUCCAAGCGUGAUAUAUGCAGUAUGUCAUUUUGCGAGCUCUGAUUUCAACAACACCAAUCGCUGCGGUUUCUUCUGUUCGCUCACCAGUGAUUUUAGUAAUUUACCAAGUCCCAAUAUCGCAAAUUUUGAAAGCUUUGCUUCACUUGCCAUGGAACAGUUGAAGAAUGACUAUCAUGCACCUUCAUCUUUUGUUGUAGCUCCUGUGCUUGUGGGAUAUGGUGGAGAGUUUGUAGUUCUAAAUUCUGGAAUGAGGCAGGUUGAAACUUUGAAUGCAUAUAGAUGCUCGCAUGGGCAUGAGUCGUUUCAUAAACAAGAUAUCCCUGAACUCGCACCGCUUUCAUCUGCACUCUCUGGGAUUCGUUCGCAUGCUCGUGCAAAUGCUCGUGUGUACGCGCAGGAACAAGAAAUAUUCCUCAUUCAUAUGCAGUUAUUACAGCAAGAGACUAGCAUAUUGGCUCGACUUUCACAAGGUUUCUCGGUAACCCCAACUGAGUACAACCUUAUCGGGUUGGAAUGUCAUUGCCGACUAGUAUUUAUGAGCCGCACUUGUCUUGAAAGACACCGACAAAGAUGUAACUUCUUUGAUCUAACCGAUGAUGAAGUUGUUACACCGGUAAAGUUAAGGCAGUUUCAAGAAAUAGAUGCGGAUAUUUGUGCAGACAUAGGGUCUUUGCGUGACAAACAACAAAAGGCUCAACGAAGGCUAGCAACGUACGAGGCGGGUGCUGGCAUUGACAGGAAAGCCUGCUUGUUUGGUUGA